GUUGCAUGAGUGACGAGCCACCACUAUUUCGUUGCGAACUAUGUCGAUACAUUUUUUUUUCUUUAUAAGUGAAUUUCGAUGCAAUCUUUGGACUAUGUGAAAUAUAACUAUCUGGCUUCGAGGAGAAACCCGUUGGUUUCGGAUGACGACAUUGACAACCAUUUAAAGACCUUUUCAUGGACUAUUUUGAAGGACAGUGUGUGAUAUUUCAUCAUUUUAAAACUGGUAACUGAAAGCAAUUUGCCAACUGAGUAACCCUGGAGAACAGUCAGAAGUUGGGUAAACAAGACUGUUGAUGGAAUUUCGUGCUUCAGUAGGUCGGUGUUUUGAAGGUACGCAGCUGUUUGGCUGGCUUUCAUGAAAACAACUGAUCAGCGUUAACUAUCGAUACUGAGUUAGCUAGGUAGGUAACGGACUAGCUCCUGCAACGACAAGUUUAACUACAUAGCUAAAAAGCUACCUUUAAUUGGUGCUCGCAACAGCUUCAUGAUUUUGCAAACAAGAUAUAUUUGAAUGACGUGCCCACUAAAAUGGUUUUCCAAGGUGGCAAGUCUAGCAGACAUGUAGUUUGUUAGCUUCGGAGAAGUCAUAGUGAACUUGACGUGAAACGCUAACUGGUUCGCCAGCUACAUAAACUUGACUGGAGAUAGCUGGCUGAAGUUAAUCAAACACGGGCAAAACAAAAAUCAUAUCGGUGUUCCCAACGCUCAGAACAGCGUCCUUGGAGUCAUCUAGUCAUUUAUUACCUAAGAAGCAGAAAUGCUAUAGAACGGAAAGUAAGAAGGGACCAUUUCCCAUUGAAUAAGUGGCUGUAAGUUGCCCCGGACACUAGGCGUAGGGCCUGCUGGUCAGGCUUCCGCCGGGUUUGAUUACGAAGUCAAGCCGUGUAGGGGACGUCGUGUCCAGGAAGCACUACAGCCUGCCCUAGGGCCUGAAGAUCUGAAAUGGAGAGAAUGGAAGUUGACCAGUGCGCAGGCGCAACUUGUGGAAGCGGAGGAGGGGCUCUUCGGAGGUCGAACAGCGCUCCUAUGAUCACCAGUGUCAGUGAUGGUAUGACAGUGUUCAGUCCUACUUCUUCCGCCCGGUAUCGAAGGAGUAGUGUGUCAGUCAAUCCAAGUUGCCCUCCUCGUGUGCUCUCUCUGUCAAAUCCCUUUUCAUCAGUAAAUGACAGAUUGGAACAAAAGCGACAGGCGGAACACAUGGAGCUCACUCUCAGAGGCAGUCUGCAGAGACUAAGUGCCUCCCAACUGGUUCCUGUUCCAACAGCGAGUCACUGGCAUGACCAUAUAUCAGUGGGCUUCCACCACCAGGACAGUGGGGUGACACCCAACUCAUCCCCCAGUCCGACCAGACGAUUCAGAGGAGGCUCCGUGAGCUCGGCAGUGAGGUGGCCUACGUUGGCUCCACUGAAAAGGAAAGGAGGCGUGGAAUCAGAUGGCCCUCCCAAAAAGCUCUUUGUUGCGGGGGUGACAGAACCGGCUCAUGUAACCAGUUAUACAGUCAGUGUUUCCCAGCCUGAGGACUCUUCAGCUGGAGGCCUGGCUGUGUGUGCAAGCCCUCAGAACAGCCCCAUUUCUCUGUCCCCUCCACCCCCUUUCUCCCCCCACCACCCCAGCAUCUAGGAGCUCCAACAGCGAGUGUUCAGCCUACCGGCCCGGGACGCCGUGCGGACUUGCGGCCGGGUAUUUUGGGGUUACCUAAACAACGUGCUGUAAUCAUAGCUGCAGUCUCAAAUCAAGUCACAUGUUGAUAGGAAGACUUCGCCCCAAUUCUGGCAAUCAAUUUAGUAUACCAUCACACAGCAAUCUGGUAUUUGUGUUUGGCACAAUGCUUUUUUAAAAAGUAAAAAAAAAGAAUAUGUAAUGGACAUUUUCCGUCUCUUACACACCUAGUUACUGAAUCAAUGAGGUAUCUACAAGUGAAUUAGAUGGUAUUUUAAAGAUAUAAGUAUGUAAAGAUAUCAGGAACUAGCCCAAAGGUUUCACCAAUGGCAUCUGAGGGGUGCAGUACUUUGAAAAGCCAGGUGUGUAUCAAGAGUGUGAUAGCACUUAAAUAUUGUUAAAUUUGUUUGUCUCUGAAUCCAACGGUUGGAGAUAAGAUAACAAUGUCUAAUUAUAUUACAUAUUAGACAUUAGUACUCUUAUGGGAUUUGUAACUGACGUGUUUGACCUGGGACAGGGUCUUUUGGCUUUUUCUCAGAAUGUUAGAAUGUGAGCCCACUCACCAGUGUAAUUUGUUUUCUAAUCGUUUCAGUCAAGAGUUAAGAGAAUGUCCUCUGUUGUUCUGUCAACACCUGUAUAUCUAGUUUGGUCCAAAGAGGUCUUCCAAAACGAAGUCCAGAUAUUUUUUUAAGUCCUUCCGAAAUCAGAUAGGGAGGAAAUAAUCAAGAUGUAAUGGCCGUUAUACCUGUGUGUUUGUUUUGUACAUGUACAGUAUGUGAAUAUAUAUAAAAACUAAACAAAUACACAAAUCCCUCGUCAAUGCCAAGCUUUUGGCUCAAUGAGUUAGCUAUGAUAGGCAAUCUUUCAUCGUUGGGAAUGUACCAAUCAUUGAGCACACAGUUUUGACAUAAACCUGUCCUGGUAUGUGUCAGCCCUACGUUUUAGCAUGUGUUUUCACACUAGUGUGAAGGCGGCCUGGAUCCAUUGGAGAGAUAAAUGCUAGCUCUUCUAGGGGGGGUACACAAGGACUAGGUUUAGGAAAUUCUGCCUCACAGUCAGGCAAUCGUGGGUACUUCAGAAUAGGGAAUCAAGGAUUAGAAAAGCGUAAACUUUCAAUUUACCCAAGUCUUGGUGUUGUAUAUGGUCUUGAGGAUCAUAUAAGAGGAAAAUCACAGUUGUAAGUUGUUUUUCUUUUCCCUAUAUUGACUGUGAUGUACAGUUGUAUUUAUAAUCCUUUGAUCUGCGCAUGACUCUUAUGUAAAAAUUUGUAUCAUGCCGCUUCAGAGAAGAAUCUUUCACAUUCAGGAAUAACUGAGAUGGUGAUGGUUUGGUGUUCCUCGCUUAUACAUUUCACAUUGAAGGAAAGAUGUGAUUCUAUUUGCAGAUACCUUGUUUUGCUUCCAACUUUGACUAUUUGCACAGUAUUUGAUGUAUGAUCAAUAUUGCUGUUACAUGAGUGGGAUCAUAUUUACAAUUAUAUUCUUUUGUUUGUUUGUUUGUUUGUUUGGCUUUAACGUUAUGGCAAUUUUGAGUUAGGGCAUGGAGCCGCUAUCCCACUUUCUAUUACUUGCAUUUUAAAGACAAAGAUAUGUAGAAAGACCGACUCCAAUACAGUUCUGAAGUUACGUUUUGCAUAUCACUGACUCAAGACUACCCUAUCCAAAUGACAAAAUGGUUUCAUAUGUUAAGUCCUGUUGAGUCCAUUGGCACUGCUUGAAUCAACCUGAAGCCCUGUAGACAGCAUCCCAAUCGAAAUGUAGUAAGUCCAAAGUAAUUGGCCUAUGUAUUUAGAGUAUACCAUUCCAAUCUUCUCUAGAAAUGCUCAUUUUCUGUGUAAUAUAAAUGAAAGAAAUGUAAACCAUAAUAGAGACAUUCUGAAUUAAGUGUGUGUUUGUUAAGAAUUCCAUGAAAAACACUUAGGGCCUUCUGUCACAAGAUGUGCAAAAAAAUUAGAAUAUGUUGCUCCUUUCUUUUCUAAAAACAAAAUCAAGCCAUGUCAGCAUUGUCUUUCAAACUCCACAGGAUUUUAAUAACCUCCAGAGCCCUUUCUUCAAUCAUGAUCUAUACAGAAAAAAGAGUGAAUGAUGGCCAAAGUUUUUUUUGAUUUGUUGAUGUCGCAGGGCUAUUUGAAACUGUCGUCACAAAUUACAUAUCCCAGAGACUCAGACACUCGGCCACAUAUUUUUUUUUUCUUGGCUUUGUUUAGCACACAUUGUAGGGCACUUAGUCAUGCUUUUAAAUACUGUCAGCAAAAUGUUUGCUUAGCUCUGUAUAUACAGAAUAGCAUAUGUCUUCACACAGCUGCUGGUAUUUCAACAUGUUUUUUCCCAAAACCAACACAUUUAGGCUGGUUGACACUCAAUUAGCAGUGCCUAAAUUAGUACCAGUCCCAAAAAUAUUGCCAAAUUUUUAUUUUUAAUUUUUACUUUAACUUUAUUUCUUUAAACAGAAAUACAAAUGUUUUUUCUUGUUGCAAUGUUAUCUUUGAAUGUUAUGUUGUUAUGCUCCAUGUCCUUUAGUUUGUUAGUGUGUUCAUUUUUGGCUUUUUUUUUUUUUGGACUGCCUGUUAAGUAAGGGUCAAGGUUUCCACCAACAAUGUAAUCUCUAAUAGUAAUCAUUGGUUCCAGAGUGCAAACGGGCAGAAGGCUUCUCUUGAGCCGUGGGCCUUUUGUGGAAUACUAACGCUGGCUUGGUGUUAUGCCUUAUCUUCUGGCCCAGCUGAGACUGGGCUUUUUUGUUUGUUUCAGCAACUCAUUCUUAUGUUUCUCACUCAAUUUGAUUGUGAAAUUCCAUAGGAAAAUGUCAUAGCCGCAACUGUAUCAGAUAUUAUUGUAAAUAUCAUAGAAAAAUGAUAAUUUUAAAGUAUUUUUCUGUGCCCUUCUGUAUCCAUUAUCUAAAUGUUUUGUAAACAAAGGACUGUCCGUGAUUGAAACAUGAGAGUAGCAGUAUUAUAAGAGGUGUGUAAAUGGCUUUAAGAAUGGAAGGCGACACAGGAGAAGGACUGGACAUUUUUGUUUGUCUGUUUUGUUUGGCGUUCACCACUGCCAGUGCCUCGUGUGGCAGUUGAUUUUAUGUUCUAAAUGCUUUCAAACCCCAAGUCAUGAGAAGAGAAAAGGAUUUUUUGUGUGUAUUUUUUAUGAAGCUGUAACAUACAAAGCUGAUGGCAACACAGAUACGUUCCAUUUCCUGUAAUUAUCUCAUGACAAAGUUGACUGACAUGAAAAAAUGUCACCUUUUUAUUGAAAAAAAGAAAAAUGCUGCACAGUUUUAGUACAUAUAUAUUGUAUAUGAAUUCAAUCAUGAUAAUAAAAUUCUUAUUAUAUCAUGA